GCCAGCGAAACUCGGCGACCACGCAACACCGGUUCCGUUCUGCGCUGCACUCGCACUCACCAGUGUGUCUCCUCUUCCAAGCUCGACGCGAUCGUUGCAACCGAGCUAAGCUCCGCCGUAUCGGCCGAUCGAUCGUCCGAGGCUUCCUCGUGCGUUGUUCGCCCCUCUCCCCCUCCUACCUUCCUGGGAAGCUGCAACGAUCGCACGUUCGCCACCAUGUGGCGAAGGCUACCCGUGUGCUACUGCCUCGCGGCGAUCCUGCUGCUCCUGCGCUUCGCCGAGCUCGCUGAUGCCGCAGCUGGCCCCUCGAUUCUGACGUCCGACGCGCCCUUGCAGCAAUUCCAGACGCGCUCGCCGCUCGACCCUCGUCCGAGGCUGUCGACCUCCCAGCAGACCCAGAUUCUCAGCGACGUGCAGCAGCACCGCGAGUUCGGCUCCAACGCGGAGGCAGCGGCCGGCUCGGACGGCGGCGCGCUCUUCUCGCCGCUGGCCAAGUACAAGGUCGACCGCAAGAAACAGACCCAGCAGAUCCAGCAGCAGCUGCAGAGUCUGCAGAGCCUACAGAAUCGCAUCCAGCAGCAGCAGCAACAGAUCAACUCGCAGCUGGGCCAGGCCGCACUGCAGACUUCCGGACCCGUCUAUCAGCAGCAGUUCGACCUGAAGAGCCAGUACCCGACGCUCGGCGGCGCCUUUAACUACCAGACGCUGCCGCCCAUCCCGCUGCCCAACAUCCCCGGCGAACUGCCGCAGACGUUGUUCAACGAGCAGCAGAAUGCCCAGCUGCAGGAGUACUACGAGAAGCAGCGCCAGCUGGAGCUCCUCCAGCGCCAGCGCGAACAGCUGCUGCUCGAGCAGCAGGAGUUGCGUCGCCAGCAGGAGCUGCUGCGUCUGCAGCAGCAGCAACUGCGCACCACGCUGCUGCCGGCGGCGGUGCCGACCACGCUCGCCCCGCCGGUCACCACCACCUUCGGACCGCUGCUCCCCUCGCCCACCGCGCGCAGGAUCACGCCCUCGGAGAACGACAUCUUCCUGCGCGCGAUCGCCACCCAUCAAAAGAAGUUCGCCGCCGCCACCACCAGCAGCGGCAGCAGCGCCACUACCACUACCACCAGCACCACCAGUACCACCACCCCCAGCCCCAGGCCCAAGCAGCGCCAGGAGCGCGUGCAGGACGAGCAAUCGAUUCCUAAGGAUUUGCUUGCCCUCAUCCAGCAGCAGCAGCAGCAGCAACAGUCGCAGGCCCAGGGCAGGACCAAGCCCCAGGUGAAGCUGAUCUACCAGAGCGAGAAGCCCGGCGGCGUCAAACCUGACAAGGACCUGCUGCUGCGCCAGCUGAAGAUCGCGCUGGCCCAGUCGGGCGUCGACGACAAAGAGCGCAACGUCACCACCCGCGACAUCGUGCUGCCCAACGGCAAGAAGCUGCAGGUGAUCCACGCGCCCAACGGUCUGCCGGCCAAUGCACACACCACCACGCUCAAGCCGCCCAAGCUCAUACUGGACGAGUUGACUAAGGGAGUGGGCGAGUUCGAGGUGCUGCGCCAGAACAUCGACGGCAAGCUCGAGGAGGUGAAGAACCCCGUGCAGAACGCACCUACCAAGAAGGUCACCUUCGUGGUUCUCGAGGAGCAGCCCGACGGCAGCUACAAGGUGCAGGGCGUCAAGGGCAACGUGGACAAGGACGCGGGCACCGACGUCGACUCGAUAGUCGAGCGCAUCAAGAAGGGCGAGCUGAAGCUGCCGCCCAGCAGCAGGAGCCCGGCGGCGGCGACCGCCCCGCCCGCGUCGACGGACGCGCCGACCAGCAGCCCGCCAACUACCUUCAGGCCCACGCUGCCCACGACCAGGCGGCCCCAGCUGUCCGUCUCGCCCAACUCGGUCUCCGCGCGGGACAAGUACGUGACCUCGGCCUCGUCCAUCAGCGGCCACGUGCUCAACUCCAUCAGCACCACCGCCAAGCCCGCCGUCACCCUCAAGUAUCCGCUCUACACGUCGAGCUUCGACGCCAACGACGUGUUGUCGUCGGGCGCGCCGUCCGCCACCUUGGCGCCCGCCACCAGGUCGUCGCCGUCGUCGUCGGCGAGCUCUGGUGCCGCGGCCGUCCAGCCCAGCGCUCCUUCCGGCCGCGACGGCCUCUCGAACCUGCUGAGGAAGGAGGGCCUGUUCGCCAUGGCCAAGUACCUGCGCCAGUCGGGCUUGGACAGCGUGCUCAACGAGACCGGUCCCUACACGAUAUUCGUGCCCACGGACAAGGCCUUCCGCACGCUGCUCGUGCAACUGGGCGGCCCUGAGAAGGCGGAGCAGAAGUUCCGCGACAACCCUCGGCUGCUCAGCGGGCUGCUGCUGCACCACGUGGUCCCCGGGGCCUUCAAGAUCGACAGCCUGCAGGACGAGAUGACGGGGGUCAGCCUCGCGGGCACCCAGCUGCGCGUCAACGUCUACUCGAUGCACGACCACGAGUGGAACGACAUCAAGGUGACGACCAUCAACGGGGCGCGAGUGGCGCCCAACAAGCGCGACGUGGAGAUCCCGCAGGGCCUGGCGCACGCCAUUGACCGGGUGAUGUUCCCGCUGCCGGUGGGCGACCUGGUGCAGACGCUGCAGGCCGACCGCGAGCGGCGCUUCGCCACCUUCCUCAAGCUGCUGCACGUCUCCGGCCUGGAGGAGACGCUGUCGGGCAGCAAGACCUUCACGGUGUUCGCGCCGACGGACGCCGCCUUCGCCGAGGCCCGCGCUAAGAGCAGCGCCGCCGCGCCGCUCUGGCAGGAGUCGGACGGGCCCGAGGCCGCCAAGGAGAUCGUCCUCAGGCACGUGAUUCCCACGACCCUCUACACCGCCGGCAUGCGCUACUACCAUCAGAAGGAGACGCUCAGACAGAGCGCGCCCCUGCAGAUACAGAAGACCGGCGGAAGAAUUCGAGUGAACGACGGACAUAUCGUCACCUACAACGUGCCCGCAACGAAUGGUGUUUUACACGCCAUCGACACGGUUAUGUGAAGAACGAAUAGCUAAUUGAAUUCGUUGCUCGUGGAAACUCGACCGAGUUACAUUAUUUUUGUAAAGAAGAUAAUUACUAGAGAUUACUAUGAUAAUCUCUAGCAAUUUCGCGCGAGAGAUUUUUCAUGGCUGCAGUAUAGACUUUAGCAAACAAAAAAAAAAUCGAUAUAUCCGCGCGGAAAACUGACAAUUUUAUUAUUACGUAUAAGUAUAAUAAAAUAUAUAAGUAUUCUAUUAUUAAUUUAUAAAAUCGAAUUGGACAAAAGGAAAUGCCAUAAAAGUUGCGAUUCGUAGAAUGAGAUUAUCGAAGUCUACAAUUCUCGAUUUAAUUUGUAGGCUUAGCUAUUCGUUCUCUCUUUCUCUCUAUUAAUUUAUAUUAUACACGCAAUCAUACACACGUGAAGCAUGUAACAUGCGAGCACUUUUCACUGACAUUUACACGAUUUAGUUUUUAAC